CCCCUGUAUAAAAUAAUAAAUGUGUCAAGAUUACUGCAAUGCCGGCAUCUGUCGGGCGACAUCAGUCACGUGACCGCGAUCGACAUUGGAAGAGGUUUGUGGCCACGAGGUUUUGAUUUCUAACAAAUUUCAGUUCACCGGUUUCAGAGUUGGAAGUUUUUAGUGCUUAUUAAGAAUGCCUUCAAGCAAUCCUCUACCGCCGAAAGAAAAUGCCUUAUUUAAAAGAAUACUGAAGUGUUAUGAACAAAAACAAUACAAGAAUGGGCUGAAAUUCGCGAAGCAAAUUUUAUCAAACCCCAAAUACACUGAACAUGGAGAAACAUUGGCAAUGAAAGGAUUGACAUUAAAUUGCCUGGGCAGGAAAGAAGAAGCUUAUGAGCAUGUUAGAAGAGGCCUUAGAAAUGACUUGCGAUCACAUGUGUGCUGGCAUGUUUACGGCCUUUUGCAGAGAUCUGAUAAGAAAUACGAUGAAGCUAUCAAAUGUUAUCGAAAUGCCCUUAAAUGGGAAAAGGAUAAUAUACAGAUUCUUAGGGAUUUAUCUUUGUUGCAAAUACAAAUGAGGGAUCUUGAAGGUUAUAAAGAUACAAGGUAUCAACUGUUAAUGUUAAGACCUACACAAAGGGCUUCCUGGAUAGGUUAUGCAAUGUCUUUCCACUUGCUUGAGGAUUAUAAAAAUGCCUUAAAUAUACUAGAAACUUUUUUGGACCAACAACAGAAGGGAAGUAACUUUGACUAUGAGCAUAGUGAACUUUUGUUGUAUCAAAACCUGGUGAUCCAAGAAUCUGGUGAUUUAGACGAAGCAUUACACCAUCUGGAAACCAACCAAAAUCAAAUAGUUGACAAGCUAACUUUCAAAGACAACUUAGGUCAAUUACAUUUAAAACUGAAGCAAUUUGACAGAUCAUCAAAAUAUUUUAAGGAAUUAGUUCGAAGGAAUCCCGAAAAUACAGACUGUUACAAAAAAUUAAUUCAGGCCAUGCAAAUCACGGAACCUAAGGAUAUAGUCAAUUUUUAUUUAUACUAUGCGAAGAAAUAUCCUAGAGCCUCGCCGCCAAAAAGACUUCCGCUGAACUAUGCCGAAGGUGAUCAGUUUAAAACUUUAGUCGACGCGUACAUGAGAAAAGCUCUUUCAAAAGGUGUGCCUCCUCUAUUUGUAGACUUAAGUAGUUUGUACAAUGACAAGAGUAAAGUGGAAAUAAUUGAAGCAUUGUUGUUGCAAUAUGUGGAAGCUUUGAAAAAAGUGGGUAAAUACAGUGAAAGUGAAGUUAAUAACGGACCAAAGGAACCAGCAAGUGCUUUAUUAUGGGUAUAUUUUUACUUAGCUCAACAUUACGACUAUCUCAACGACUCAAAUAAAGCUUUAAAUUAUAUUGAUGAUGCCAUAGAACACACUCCAACUCUUAUAGAGCUGUUUGUUACCAAAGGGAGAAUUUAUAAGCACGCUGGCGAUCCGCAAAAAGCGUACCGCUGGCUCGAGGAGGCUCAAGCGCUCGACACCGCCGACCGCUACAUCAACUCGAAAUGCGCCAAGUACAUGCUGCGCGCCGACCUGGUCAAGGAGGCCGAGGAGACGUGCGCCAAGUUCACGCGAGAGGGCGUCUCGGCGAUGGAGAACCUCAACGAGAUGCAGUGCAUGUGGUUCCAGACCGAGUGCGCGCUAGCCUUUCAGCGGCUGGGCAAGUACGGCGAGGCCCUCAAAAAGUGCCACGAAGUCGACAGGCACUUCUCUGAAAUAAUCGAGGACCAGUUCGAUUUCCACACGUACUGCAUGCGCAAGAUGACGCUGCGAUCGUACGUGGGCCUGCUGCGAUUGGAGGACGUGCUACGGGGACACCCGUUCUAUUUCAAGGCCGCGAGAUGCGCCAUCGAAGUGUACCUGCAUCUGUUCGACGAGCCGCUCAAGGACGAGAGCGCCGAACAGGACAUUUUAACAGAAAAUUUGGCACCAUCCGAAUUGAAGAAACUGAGAAACAAGCAAAGGAAAGCUAAGAAAAAAGCCGAACAGGAAAGCGCUCAACAGAGGGAAGCACAAGUCAAAAGAGAUCAGCACCACAAGUCCAGGCAACAGGGUGACGUCGAAGCUGAUGCCCCGCAAUUGGAUGAACUUAUUCCCGAUAAAUUAGCUAGGGUGGAAGAUCCCCUUGAACAAGCGAUCAAGUUCUUGUAUCCCCUGCAAAGGCUGUCGCAAAACAGUAUAGAAACUCAUCUUAUGGCUUUUGAAGUCUACUACAGAAAGAAGAAAGGCCUUUUGAUGGUGCAAUCCCUGAAACGCGCGCUCAAAGUGGACUCGAAGCACCCGAAGCUGCACAGCUGCCUGAUCCGCUUCAACCGGUUCGUCGCAGAGAACAAGAGCACGUGGGAUCCGAGCGUGCAGCAGGUGGUCGCAAAGGAGUCGCAGCCGUUCUUCAACGGAAAAGACGCCAAAACGCUGAACAAGGAGUUCCUCACCGAUCACGCCACGAGUUUGCGCGCCACCCUCGAAGGCGCCCGCAUGAUGUACCAUUUGGACGAGAAAUGUCAAAGUCAGGCGCUCAAUUUGGUUACCAAUAUCGACAAUAAGUAUCAAGAUGUAAAUAAUGAAAUAUGUACAGAAAUCCUAAGGUCGCUGAAGAGAGGCGACUUCGGCAGCUGCGACGGCGAAACCGAAGAGUACGUGCAACGUUGCCAAGAGCGGUUCCCGUUCUCGGCGGCGUAUCGGCCGCCCUGCGCCGCCGACGGUCCCAUAAGCGGGGGCGGCAGCAACCACGCGUCCGGCAACGAGGAGAACUGCAACAACAGCAACUGAUAGCGGCGGCGGCGACACCGUCUCCACCGCCCCCAAACGACCCCCUACUGCCGACUACUGGCUGCCGGUCGGUCGGUCGAGUUGCGCUAAAAAUUAAUUUAAAAUAAUAAUGAUAACUAAAUACAAGAUCGCUUUACUUUAUCAGGUGAUUUGGCUAUUUAAAUUUUAGAUUGACUGUAGAAAAAAAUAUGACAUCAGGGU